CACCCCUCGCGCCGAGGCCCUCCCACUCCUCCUCCUCUCUCGCGUUGCUCUCACGACCGCCGCCGCCUCCGCACGCCGCCACCACCACCACCACCUCCUCCUCCUCACGCCCUGGAGAGCCAGGAGCGGCGGAGUCAUGUUUAAGAAGUUUGAGGAGAAGGAGAGUGUGUCUACAUGUAUGCAGCUGAAGACAUCGGUGAUCAAGUCGAUCCGGAAUCAGCUGCUGGACCAGUACCCUGCCAUCGAGCCCUACCUCAACCAGAUCCUGCCCAAGAAGGACCCAUUUAAGAUUGUCAAGUGCCACGAGCACAUUGAGAUCCUCACAGUGAACGGAGAGCUGCUCUUCUUCAAGCAGAGAGAUGGGCCCCUCUUCCCAACCCUGCGGCUCCUACACAAAUACCCGACCAUCCUGCCACACCAGCAGGUGGAUAAGGGCGCCAUCCGGUUCGUGCUGAGCGGCGCCAACAUCAUGUGCCCGGGCCUGACGUCGCCGGGGGCCAAGCUCCGCUCCGCCGACAAGGAGACCAUUGUUGCCAUCAUGGCAGAAGGCAAGCAGCACGCGCUCAGCGUGGGCAUCAUGAAGAUGUCUGCCGAUGACAUCGUGAAAAUCAACAAGGGGAUCGGCAUCGAGAACGUGCACUACUUGAACGACGGACUGUGGCACAUGAAGACGUACAAAUGAGAGAGCGUCGCGGCGCGAGUUCGGACGCCCCGGUGACGACGACCCUGGUGACCCCGGCCACGACCCCGGUGACCCCGGCGAUGACCCCGGCGGAGUUGGCAGUCGUUAGCCAGCGGCGUUGCCAAUGCCGUUAAUUUUUAAUUUGAAACUUUUUUUUGCUUUGCUGUCAAACGCGUCGAUGCAAACGUCCCCAGGGUUUUCUGCGUUUCUUUGUGACGGGAAUUUUUUAAACUGAAUUGCGUGCGUUUUAGCGUCGUCGUCGUCAUUAUUUUUUUUGUUCGUUAUAGUUUCAUUAUUUUAAAAGUGGACGUCCUCGCUCCGUUCUAAGUUUCGGUGGGCCCCGUUGGGAUGAGCCGCUCGGGGCUCCGCGAGCGUUCCUUUGCGAGAGCUACAAAGUCGAAAGUUGACGACCAUGAAGCCAUUGGCUGGCUGCAACGACGGUGCGCACGCUUACGAAUGCUGUCAGGUGUGAAGCGGCGUGGCUUUCUGAGCCAAAUGCGCGCGCUCGGAAACCGAUAGCGGGGACGUUUAUUUUGCGAAACGCAAAGUUGAACCAGCCGCUUGUGCGAAACGCGGCGGCGUGCUGUGUUAAACGCACGGGUUCUCGUCUUUAAUUGUGUACGUCGCAACGCUUGACCGAAACGCUGUGGCUCCGAGCUGUAUUUAUGACGUGUACACGCAACGGUCUUUUUUGUUGUUGUCGAUCCGCUGCCGGACGGGGGCCCUCGCCACUCCGUGCAGGGUGCCCCUUGUGGGUUAUUUUGACCGUACUUCACCGCGCCGGUCGGUACGGGAGGAUGAAGGCGUGGAGAACAGGAGCGCAGAAGUACAGCACAACGGUUUUGCUGCACUGUCGUCUGCUGCCCGCCGUCACGUUGCGCCCCAAAGCCCUAUGGCAACUCGUGUGUGCACGCGACUGUCCAGGCUCAAAGCUGCUUAGCUGCCUAGAUCUGAUGUCGGGGUGCACUUUGGGGGAUUUAGUUAUCGGCAUGUUUAUAAUACUGUUAUAAUUCAGUAUUUUUUUUUUUAAGAAAUCUUCACUAAUGAGUCUGAAGACGUUAAAAAAACAAGUUCAGCUUGAAAUAAUUGGUUCGUGCUUUAAAUGGCUACGUGUGGGGGAACAACCAUAAAACCUGGGGGGAAAACCCCAGCACGCGUAACGUGGAAUUUACACGGCUGGGUCAAGGCGAGCAUUGUGGUGGUGCUUACUUCUCGCUUGCAGCCUUGAGUCGGUCGGGGAAAUUCCACAUUUCUUUGUCAGGGGGCGAGUCCGUCCAUAGGACGGCAACCACUGUAGACUUCCCCGCAAAGUUGUACUCGUUUUAUCAAUCCCGGAAGGAUGACGGGCUGAGGCUACCGCCAAAAACGAGUUGCUCGCUCCACUGCCGAGCCAUCUGGCUGGAGGUGCGUGACGUUGGCUAGGAGAUGUCAACUACCUCGCCUGGUAUGCAGGAGGUUCGUGGGUUUGAUCCCAACUCUGACACCUGUAUAUUUGGAGUUUGCGUCUCUAUAUCAUCAUCAUCACGGUGGCUAGGAGAUGUUAACUACCUCGCCUGGUAUGCAGGAGGUUCGUGGGUUUGAUCCCAACUCUGACACCUGUAUAUUUGGAGUUUGCGUCUCUAUAUCAUCAUCAUCAUCACGGUGGCUAGGAGAUGUUAACUACCUCGCCUGGUAUGCAGGAGGUUCGUGGGUUUGAUCCCAACUCUGACGCCUGCUGUGUAUUUGGAGUUUGCGUCUCUCUCUCAUCAUCAUCACGGUGGCUUGGAGAUGUUAACUACCUCGCCUGGUAUGCAGGAGGUUCGUGGGUUUGAUCCCAACUCUGACACCUGCUGCUGUAUAUUUGGAGUUUGCGUGUCUCUCUCUCCCCCAGUGGUCGUGUGGAUUUUCCUCCCCUCCAAAUUUUGAAUCGACAUGCGUUUAGAGUAUUUGGCUUCGAUCAAUUUCCACGUGAUAAUAAGCCGCUUUGUUGAGCUAUCAUUUGUGGCCAGGUCGCUUCUGAAAAAGAGCUGUGGAGCUCAGUGGGCCUUACCUGGUAAAAUAAAAAAAAAAUAGUUUAAAUCGUGUAAACAGUUUUAAAUAGGUGUUUCCCCAUCGCUCGUUUCGAUCCGGGGAAACUCUUUUGGUACGGGACGUACCGAUCUCAAUUCGUGUUUCUUAACUUCAGUUUCAUCCGGACAUAAGAUUGUUGCCAAAGUUCUGUACCUGGAAUGCGCACCCCAUAUUUGUCAGAUCUUGGAAGCAUGCAUGCAUCAUUGAGCUUGGAUGGGCGAGCGGACGUGACGCUGGUUAUUACUGCUCUGCUACAAAGCAGCAGAUGGCAGUGCGAUACGAUGUGUUGUCUUGUACUUCCAUAACCCCUCCUCGCCUUCAUCCACACGUGUCGGCAGGUGUGGUGCAGUUUGGUGAAUUUACCUCCACGACCGGUACGGGGCGGUGAGGCCCCUCGUACAGUGCUGGAGUUGACGAGCGGGAUACGCCGCGUUUAAUAAAAAUUCAAAAGAGCGGACGACAAAGAAAAGUACCCGUGUGGUUAUUUUUUGUUUCUUGUUGUAAUGCUUUAUGUAUUUUCGGAUAAAGUAACAGCGAGAGCAUUCUUCCACCGCCCACGUGACCGCCCGCGACGUACAUCACAGCGGAAGGAUCGACACGGCAACUAUACAUUCUUGCGAAAGUAAAACGAAAAAUACAAAUGAGAAGCGAAAACAAAAACGCAAGCGGCUGUCCCUUGCUCCUCGCGUGAUGGUGGUGGUCAAGCGCUCCGUGCGCUUCGGGAUAAUAUCUCAAACGCGCUUUCGUUUUUUUUAGCGUCGAUACAUCGGAGAUGCGCGGUUUAAGGCGACGCGUUUGUCGUGCCCGCGCGCGUGACACCGGUGGCGCUUUCGAGUCGUUCCCGAGUGCCGAUGUGCGGCGACGAGCGGAAUGUGGAAAGGCUGCCACGGGAAAACGUGGCGCGAAACGUUGGACUCCGUCGCGAAGGGCGGCGCGGCCCGAUAACGCAGCACAACGGCGAACACCAACGCAGCUGAACUACGCUACUUGAUAAGCGCGUGCGAUUGUCUUCCAUUUGUUGAUAUUGAGGCACAUUGCUCACACUUGUUUCAAGGCUGUGUGUUAUGAACGGCAUCUCGACUUAAAGCUUUCGUGACUGCAGGAAUUCAUAUUCCUUGGGUCUUUCUUUCCUCCUGAUGACGUUCGCUUGUGUUGUGAUCGAAACGUCGUAGCUUUUUUUUGUUAUUUUCUUUGAACCGACCCAAAGAAUAAUUAACAUAAUUUUAUAGAAUUUACCCAGGUAAGCCUCGGAGAGUCUGAAGACUCUCGUUGUUUUACUUUCGCGCACGCUUGGCCAGUCGCUGCGCGUUGCUUCUGGGAGGAAACCCGGGUGGCCGGGGGUGGACAACACAGGCGUGCAGUCAUCCCACUUGCUGUACUGCCGCUCACGGACACCUCCCUGCGUGGAGAGUAACGUUAUAUACACCAUUUUGCCCGUACCAAUUACCCAACUGUGCAUGAUUUUCCUAUGGGUUGAUUUAACAGAAUUAUCAAUCGCUUGCAUUAAAAUGUAUGUAUGUGUGUGUAUUAUACACGCACGCAGGGAGCGGUAGUGCCUUGGUUAACGCGCUGUGUUACGAACCCGGCGACCCGAGUUCGAUUCCCGCUCACGGCCAACAUCGGUGACGGAUAUUGGAAGUGGUCCUGGGACUCCACUAGGUCGACUCGGCCUCAAAUGAGUACCUGCUGCGAUGUGUAAACAUCGCCGCUUGGGAGACUUAUUAUUAUCAACCAGUAAGGAAUUGCAAUUCUGAUACUGAUGUUCAAGUAAGCCUGAUGUGUACUUAAGAAAAAUACAUUACCGAAUGUGAUGCCCUACCCAGUUAAUGACACAGAUGCGUAGGUUAUUAAAAUUUUAUUUAAUUAUGCAUGCGUGUAUUUACUCCUAUAUAUAGAUACGCAUUUAAUGUGUGUUAAUAUAUAUAAAACAAAUAUGGACACAUCUGUACGCACGUAUGAAUGUAUGCAUGUAGGCGUGUAACGGCACGUGUAUGCGUGCGUAACAUAAUUUUGCGCGCAGGCUAGGUUCUGGAUGUAGCGCACGAAGCACAGCAUCAGCAGAGCGAGCUACUUAAACGUACAGACUUAAACACGGCAUAGAAAAAUAUAGAAUUCAACGCAAGACACCGACAUCGAUGAUUAGACCGAUUUGGGGAAAAAAGGACAUCUUUUUUUUCCGGGGGGACCAAUCAUCGCAAACUCUUAAGACAGUCUUACAUUGCUCUCCCGUGACGGAACUGUUCGGAGCGCAACCUUGGGCCCGCGAAAAUCCAUUCCGCACAGCCCUCCAGCGUGCACCGAUUUCUUCCGCUCGCGUGAAAACGAGGCCGUCGCACUGCACGAGCCUGAUGAUGGCUAUACGUGCCCCCACGUGACGCGGGACGUGGUUUCGCAAUCAUCGGACCCGCGCGGCGUGUCAAGACGGUCUUCGUCCGCGAGCGGGAAGUAACAUUUGGUGAACGUGAAGAAUCCGUGCCUUGGAAGUUCCCGGCGUAAAACCCACGAACACGUCCACGAAACACCUCGACACGCGCACGUUCUGUCGAGGCAGACGCACCCGCUACGUAAUACUGACGCGCGCGCACACACAACGAACGUGGCAGUGAAAAGCGUUCGGUAAACAAUGAACACGCUACGAAGUCUCACACUGAUAUGUGCACCCAUCUCCCCCCCCCCUCCUCCCCUCUCUCGAGGCAUUGCGUGCCGUCAAUUACCGCCGUGCUCACGUGGCCCGUCGCUUUCGGCACAACGCCACGUGCGAUGCCCCAAUGCCACCCUCUUGGCACCCCCCCCCCCCCCAACUAAUGCGUCAACUCGGCGGUGUGCAGGCGGUGCGAUUGCACUGGGCGUUAGGUGAGGAGGGAACGUGGGGGGGGGGGGAAGGGAAGAAGUUGUUUGACAAGCGGUGGAGCCCCACGCUGUACACUCUGCACAAGGGCACCUGCGAAAGCUCGCCUUGAACCUUGGAAUUGGGGGGGGCUUGCGUGCGAAAGGGCGGGGGGGGGCAGGCCGUAGCGUUAGUGGCACACAUCGCAUUUGUCGGUGAAGUCGAGUGAAAAGGUGAUCGAUUCUGGAAGGAGUUGCGUGAUCCGCAGAUAACUCAAAAAAGCUCACGCUCGCGACACUGCGCUAUUGUACACCGGGUUACUCCCCCCCCCCCCCCAUCAGACCUUGCUGGAAUUCCUACACCGAUGUUGAAAAGAGUUCAGUCGCUGACGAACACUUUAAAAAAUAAUAGUGGUGACCCUCCCGAAUCGAGAGCGUGUGCAAAUCUCACAGUUCAGUUUCCAAUAAUUUCCUGGCAAUUUUAAAACAU